AUGCUACUCAGGGAAAUAGCAUCGGUGAAUGAGGGGAAGGACAAGGAGAGGGGGACCCCUCAUCAGCGGUCGCAGCAGAAGCUGGUGGUGGGAUACGCCCUGACCUCGAAGAAGGUCAAGAGUUUUCUCCAGCCCAAGCUCGAGGGGCUAGCCAGGUAAAGUACUCACCACGUCGUCGGAAAUCCUCGCCGCAGAAACAGCAGAAACACCGAUCGGCAGUCCAUCAUUGAAUAUUUUCACUUCCCCUGUUUUGCUAGUAAUGUUCUCCGUGUUGACGGUAGAUUUUCCGCCUCGAAUCCUUUUUUUUUCGGCAGAAAUUUUCUGAUGGUUCCUUUUCCUCUCCUUCCCGGAGGAUCCCAGCCGAAGGCCUCUACUGAUCUUGGGUUUACUUAUUUAUUUAUAUAUUAUUUGUGUUCUUUCCUGGCGAUUCAUGGCUCCUCCUUUCUUUCCAUCCGCUCGACCCGUUUUUAGCCGUCUCCUCUAGCAUCUCAUGCCGGGUCAACUUAUCGAUGCGGAAGUGCGCCGUGAUGGUAUAGCUCUCUACAAGGCUAGGAAUUUUCCUACGACUUUCUUCCUUGCUGUGGAGGGGUGAAAAUAGCUGUGAUAUGAUCCAUGGAAGUAGAUUAUACGAUUAUCUUCAAACGUCGUCUCAUUUUCUUCCCCAGGUGUUCUCAUGUGUGAUUUUUAAGUGCCGAUUUUUUCAAGGGGCUUUUGAUGCUUGUCUUUAUUUAUUUUUUUAUUUUUGAUCAUAUUAAAAAUAUUUUUUAUCGAUUUAACUUCUUUUUUGUGUUGAGGUACUCUCGGCGCUUUAAGCGGUGAUUACAUGCCUAUGAUUGGGUGUUGAGAAAAAAAGGGAGGGGGAGUGUCUGUGACUAUUCCCUGCAACUCACCAUGCGAUCUUGCAAAAUUAUUAUGCAGGAAGAAGGGUAUUUCAUUUGUUGCUAUUGACCAAAACAGGCCUCUCUCAGACCAAGGACCCUUUGAUAUUGUUUUACACAAGGUCAGCAUAUACUACUUUGGAAAUCAUAUUUUUAGACUCUUGCCACAUAUGCAGUGGGAUCCAACUUCUGACUAGGGCUUUCCUUUUCCAAUACAGCUUUUAGGGAAGGAGUGGUGUCAAGUUCUCGAGGUUAGUUGCCCUGACGUGCUUUGUUCUGAAAGCAUUCAAUUGGCUCACUGUCCUGAACUCUCCCACUCCAUCCCAAUAUUUAAGUGACGACAGUCGAUGGUAAGUGAGAAUUGUUAGAUUUAAAUGCUCAUCCAUGUCUGACAUGACUUGCAGAAGGCCCUUUCCUGCAUUAUGAUCAUGACCAGAUAGUAAAACGUUGAAGCCUCAGGAAUUCCAAAGAAUGAGGAUUGUGCCAUCUGUGACCAGCUAAUUUAGCCUGUGAUAUGGUUGGUAAUUGUAGUUGCACUAAAUUCUCAGUUUCUGCAUAACCGAUGCAAGGAUGUGGUUUUACUAACAACUAAUCCUGGGCGGGUCACAUCAGAAUGUGGUGUGAUCAUAUGUAUGGAAUGGAGAUUUUGUAGAUCAUUCGCUGUAAAGAACAAUUAAUUAUAUUUCAGUCAAGUUUUAUAAAAUCACAUAUAUAUAAAUAUGUAUAUGAUCGUAGAUAUUUCCAUGAUUUAGAAGGAGGUUCCCUAAUAUUUUUCAUGAAUGUGAUAUAUAUCUUGUUAUUUUCGAGUGAUAUUGGAGUAAUCAUCUAAAUUUCCUUUUUGGGUUGAAGGAUUAUCGGGAGCAGCACCCAGAGGUCACUGUUUUGGACCCCCCAGAUGCCAUUCGACACCUGCACAACCGUCAAUUGAUGCUUCAGGAUGUGGCUGAUCUGAACUUGUCCGAUUGCUACGGUAAUUCCUGGUUCAAUUUUACGACUCUGAAUGGUCUGGCCGGAUGCUUCUCCAGAAAGAUGGUAGCUGAGAGGAUCCAAAGGGUCAAAUCCAUGAUUCUCGCUGUCUUUGUUUAGCCCGUUUGAUCGACUUUCAUCAUAAUCAGCCUUUUAAAUAGGGCAUUUUCUCCUGAUGAUUUCUAAUUUUUUCUGAUAAUGUAAACUCUAAACUUUUCAAAUAAAGUAAAUGAAAACGAUAUGUUUCCUGUUGCAUUCUACUCUCUCUCUCUCUCUCUCUCUCUCUUCAUGAUAUUCAGCCUUUAAAAUAAGAGCUUUCUUCCAGAUGCUUUUGUAAGUUUUUUCUGAUGAUAUAAAGUCUGAACCUAAGAAAAUAAAUUUAAAGAAGAUGUUUCCUUUUGCAUUUGACUCCCUUUCAUUUCUUUUUCAAGAAAUUUCUCUGAGUUGGUAUUGUAAACACAGGCUAAUACCUGAAAGAGCUGCUUAUAGCAACCGUGGUUUGAAGAAUCAUAAAAUUGGAGGCUAUUUAUGAAAAACUACAGAAAAUAUCCAAAAAAUUAGCUGUGUACUCAUGCGAUCAGAAAUACCUACCCUUUCAUAGGUGAACUUUUACUUUGGAGUUCACCCCAUUCAUUCUAUUUGUAGAAAUGCCAUUUCUGGUUUGUCUUUGGGAACCCCGUUGAGAGUCGAUGCCAUCUCCAACUCUUUCCACCAAUUUUAGGCGCUUUGUUCUAUAACAUCCCUAAUGACUUAAUCUAUUGUAUGCUGGUUGGCUCAUUUUAUUGGCAUUUAUGGGCGAUAAUUUCAGGUAAAGUUGGUGUUCCUAAGCAGCUUGUCAUCACCCAAGACCCGUCAUCCAUUCCUGAAGCAGUCUCCAAGGCCGGGAUGGUUCUUCCAUUGGGUAGGCCAUUCUGUCUUCCUCUCUCCUUCAAAUUCAGGCUCCUCGAUUGUGUAAUGAAUAAAUCAACCCUUUUCAGUCAAACUCUCUCUCUCUCUCUCUCUCUCUCUCUCUCCUGUUGUCUACAUUCACAAUGCUCUUCAAAUUCAUGUCUUUCCCCUGAAUUUUAAUUGCUAUUCUGCUGUAAAAUCUUAUGCCAUAUAAAUCUUCAAGCCGUGGUUCCCGAAUUCAGCAAAAUAUUUACAGGGUAGUGGGUAUUUAACUGACAUAUACUUGAGGCAGUUGCCAAGCCGCUGAUCGUCGAUGGAACCGCCAAAUCGCACGAGCUGUCUAUCGCCUACGACCAGUUCUCACUGUCCCUGCUCGAGCCUCCCUUGGUUCUUCAAGAAUUUGUCAACCACGGUAUAUACAGUAUAUAAAUGACGUCAUAAUAUACGAAUUAUGUGAUGAUUUUUCUGCCAUGAACGCGACGAACUUGAUUUUCUUUUAUGCGUGUGGCUGCAGGGGGGAUCAUGUUCAAAGUUUAUAUCGUUGGGGAGGCGAUCAAGGUCCUGCGGCGGUUUUCUCUCCCGGAUGUGACCGAGAAGGAGCUUCUGAAGAAUUCCGGCGUCUUCCGGUUCCCAAGGGUCUCCUGCGCCGCAGCUUCGGCGGAGUAUGCGGACGUGGAUCCCACCGUCGCCGGUAAGGCCCCUCUCUCUCUCUCUCUCUCUCUCUCUCUCUCUCAUCCCACAUUUCUCCUCUCUGAUUUGCAGAGCUACCGCCACGGCCACUGCUGGAGAGGCUCGCAAGGGAGCUGCGGCGGAGACUGGUGGGUGGACGCAAUCUUUUUUAAAAACUCUAGAGAAUAUAUCCGUUGGGGUGGUCUUCCUCGUCCUUUUUGAUCUCUCUCUCUCUCUCUAAUUCGCCCCCAUAUGCGGGAAUCGGCGGCAGGGUCUUCGUCUGUUCAACAUGGACAUCAUAAGGGAGCACGGAUCCAACGACCGGUACUACGUCAUCGACAUCAACUACUUCCCUGGUGAGUCCAUUCCUUCUGCGCAGCCGAGAGCCCUUCCCUGUAAGGGAAUGCAUUCUACAGCCCUGGUCAACCCAUUGCUUAUGUCCCAUCGUAGCAUUGAUUAAUUUAAUUGCCCAAAAGCAUAGCAUUCUAUGCUUUCCAGAAUCUGCAAUUUUUUCCGUUUUAACGAACCCAUUCCUGGGGGGGAAUGCAUUAUACGGGCCUUGUAAACCCGUUCUGAGCGGCCCCCCUAUCGUUAGAUCUUCUGAUUCUCAUGCUGCUAUGCUUUCCAAAAUCUGCAAAUUUUUUUAAUAAACCCAUUCCUGGGUGGGAAUGCAUUCUACGAACCUGGUCAACCCACUACGUGGAAGCCCGAAAAGCUCGUUCGGAUGGCCUCUCUCCUAACGUUGCAUUAACUGUUUGAAUACAUCUUCUUGCUUUCGUUGCUGCGAUGCUUUUCAAAAUCUGCAAUUUUUUUUAUUUUGAUGAACCCAUUAAUUCCUGGCGUGCAGGGUAUGGGAAGAUGCCGGGCUAUGAACAGAUCUUCACAGACUUCCUUCUGAGCUUCGGCCAGAACAAGUAUAAAAGGCGCCACAGCACCAACAACUAG